UAGUACUAGCUAGCGAAUCUAAUAGUUGAUUCAUGAGAAAUUGAUUAUCUACGUUUUACAAUUUGGACGCGUAAAGAAAAAACUUCGUCCAAAACCAAGGCAUUGUAAACAUCUGGUGUCUAAUCAAAUGACAGUAAAACAUUUUUUAGAAUUACGUUAAUUAAGUUGAUUUGAGUUGACUAAAUUUAACUCUUCUGUCAAAUAGCUUUUAAUUUGUGCUCAUUCAAAAAUGGAUUUCAGUCCACAAAAGCUCAAUGUGCACUUCAGAAAACAAGAAUCUCGAGCAAAAAUUGGCUUCCAACCAAACCAUCUUGAUAAGAGUGAACCGGAGAAGAAGGGUUUAUCGGUUCUGACAACGAUUCUGUUUGUAGCUGGUGAAAAUGCUGGUGUUGGUAUAUUGGCUUUACCGUAUGCACUCAAUGCUACUGGGUGGUUUGGGAUUCCUUUAAUGGUGAUGAUUUGUAUUGAUUCUACUAUUGCUGCUAGCUUGAUUGGUUCAUGUUGGCUAAUUUUAGAGGAGCGUUGGCCUGAAUACAGGGAGGUUUGUCGUAAUCCAUAUCCAGAAAUAGGUAGAAGGGCAUUCGGGGAAAAGAUGAAGUUUUUCGUUAAUUGUUGUCUUCAAAUUGGUUCAAUUGGCUCUCCAGUUGUCAUGCUAUUGGUCUGCUCUCAACUAGCCUCCGAUUUGAUUGAUCCGAAUCGUCACUUGUCUUACGGACUUUGGAUAGCAAUUAUAGCUGCUACCAUUUGCCCUUUAAUGUGGCUUGGUACUCCAGUUGAAUUUUGGGGUGCAGCAGCUUUAGCAUUAUUUACAUCGACAGUAGCUGUAAUUUUACUACUUACUGAUAUGGUUAGUGAUUACAUGGCUCUUGAGAAACCACCAAAUGUAUCAACGCCUUCACUAAACUCGAUUUCACUUGCAUUUGGGACUCUAAUUUUCGCCUAUGGAGGGACAGCACCAUUUCCGACCUAUCAAAAUGACAUGCAGAGAAAAGAUAAGUGGCCUCAAGCAGUCAUUUUAGGAUUCCUCAUUUUAUUUUUGCUAUUCACGCCGUUUUCAAUCAUUGGUUAUCUUGCGUAUGGCUCAUCGGUCGAUAAUAAUAUAGUCCAUUCCGUUCCGGGAGGAAUUAAGCGUGAUAUCGUAACAAUUUUGAUGGCUGGACAUUUGUUUUUUGCUUUCAUAUUGAUGAUCAAUCCAGGAGUGCAGUUGAUAGAAAACCAAUUAAAAAUAGACCGAUCGUUCAAUUGGAAGCGAGUUGUGAUAAGGUUCCUAAUGUUAUGCCUGGUUGUAUUCAUUGGUGAAUCCGUUCCUCGAUUUGGCAAAGUUAUGGAUCUCCUCGGUGGGUCGGUUAUGACAUUUUUGGCUUACAUAUUUCCUCCCCUGUUCUACGUGAAGUUGUGUUCAAUGAAAAGCCCAUCUUGGCCGCAAAGAAAUAUCUCAUUAUUUUUCAAAUUGUAUUGCUACAAAAUCAUUCUGUUGGGAUUGAUUGGUGGAAUCUGUGCGACUGUUUCUGCAAUGGUGGCAAUUUUAGGACCAAACACAUUUGUAUUACCAUGUUAUAUAGAUUUUAAUUGCUCUUAUAAUUAAACGGGGCUUGAACUCACGAAUCAGCAUCUGUAAAUAAAAAAUUUAAUCAGGUAUAUUAUCAUGGUAAUAUAGCAUCUUAAAUUCAAAAAUAUUGAUCUUUUGAAUUUUUACAUGAGACUAUCAACUGAAACUUCAAUUACAGUAAUGAUA